CGGGGCGCCGCGGGGGCGGGGGCGGGGGCAGAGCGGCAGGAGGCUGCCCGUUGACUUGCGCGGCUCCCACGGCGGGAAGCGGCGAUCGGCCGAGCGGGAUUUUUUUUAUGUGAAUCUACUGAAGCCGAGUUUCUGCCUCUGGCUCGGAGGCGAAGCCCCUUCCAGGAUGUGUGAGCCGGGGCUGGAGAUGGCCUCCAUCCUGCCGGCCCUGCGGGAGCUGGAGAGUGCCAGUCCAAAAGAUUAUAACACAGUGGUGCAAAAGCCAAGGCAGAUUCUUUGUCAGUUUGUUGACAAGAUGCUGACUGAUGUUGAUGUUGUUGCUUUGGAGCUUUUGAAGAAGAUGGACUCUCAGCCAACGUGUGUGAUGCUGCUAGAUUUUAUUCAACACAUUAUGAAAUCCUUUCCUCUUAUGUUUGUGAGUGCUCCACAAAAGCCAACCAAAGUAAUUCAGCGGCUCAGUAGUGACGAUGAGCGUAGUUGUAUUGAUUUCAGUAACUGGAUCAUAACCAGGCUUCUUCGGAUUGCUGCAGCCCAAAACUGCCAGGCAUUGCAUAAUUGUAUUACAAAAAUUAUAAUUUCUUUGCUUUGGCUAUUUAAGAACAAGAAUCCCUUUAUAUUUGGAAUACAAACAAAGGAAGUGCUCAGCCUCUUUCAAGAUCUAAUCUGUCUGAGGGAGAAGAAUACAAUGAUGCAGGAAUCGUCUUUGUGGCCAUUCACAGUUAAUCGUUUUAUUGUGGCUGUGACAGAGAAUCCAGGAUAUUUAACCCCUGCACCUCUUCAACUGAACUCUGUGUUACAAGUAGAAUUAUUGGAGAUCAUAUUACUGAGAAUACUAUCUUCGAUCCUUUCAAGUGUGUUUUGCAGGAGGCAACUGCUCAUCUUAUGGGAAAUAGGCUGCUCCCUUUUAGAACAUGGCAGUCCCAAGAUAAAGAGUAUUGUGUUAGCCCUGUUAUCAAAGUUAACAAACCUCGGAGGGCCACCACCAGAAGAAUUGUCAAAUAUGUUUUUUACAAAUUUUAUUGAUCUUUUGAUAUUGUUUAAGGGAACUGACAGAGCUGAAUUAGAAUUGUAUGAGGAGCCAUUUGCAGAAUUGGUCAGAGCACUUUUUCCUAUCAAUUCUGAACAUCUUGCAAGCGUGCAUGUGAUAGAACCAUUUUACCUUAACAUGUUAAUGGAUAAAUUAAGUACUUUUAUUGGAGAUGGACUGAUGAAACUCAUUGACUCUGAUAAAUUAAGAUCAGCUUUAUGUCACAUAUUCCAGCACUCUUUGAUGUUUACACCGUCAGGAGUUGUGUGUGCAAUGCCAAUACAGAAACACCGUAUACAUGUGAUUUGCAGAGCUGUAACUGAAAUGAUAGGAACGCAGCCGAAACAGAAGUAUUUGUUAAGUUGCUUGUAUAUAGCAAUGAGAGCGGAAGGAAUCAGUGUCGUGCAGGCAACGUGUAAUCGAACCCAGACACAAUCAACAGGGGUUCCUGACAUGAGUGGAGAAAGUAGCAAUGAUGAAGUUCCAGAAAAACGGCCACGCUUGAGUUUUACAGCACAAGGCUCACUGAAUCCAGUCCUGCCAGCUGAAUGUGGACCAGUGGAAAUGAAAUUCAAGAGUAGAUUGUGGUGGGAUGUACAUGAGAGACUGACAGCAUUGAUCAGUUCAUUGGAGAAGGCUGAGUCCCACAAGGAAACUCUACCUCUGUUGGAGGGUAUCGUAGUUUUAUUUCGUUUGGCGGCUCUGUGUACAGCAUUCUGUGACAAAGGAAUUCCUAAUAGCACUGUCAAAAUCAAAACAAAUGACGCUGCCAUUGGGGAGACACAAAAUUCCACAGAAAUUCUAUCAAUCAAAAUACAAUUAACUUGGAUACGUUUUGAGAUGUUUACCCAGGUCCUGCAAUAUGGAAGGAGACAACUGAACAGUACUUCCAAUGAUGAAGAAGUGCUUCAUUUGGUUGAUAGAUUAAUAAAAAUAAUUGAUGCUGCAAUCUACUUGCAAGUUAUCCAAGGUAAUGGGAACAAAGAUAUGCUUCAUACAAUUUGUGGUUUCCUAUCAUUACCUUGGAUUCAUAAACAUUGUUCUGAUGGAGCUUUCCAAUCUGCUGGUUUCAAUUCUGACCUUGUAUCUCUCAGCCAACGUUUAUCAAGCAGUUUCUCACAGCAGAACCAGGCAAAAUGUGUGUAUCUGUUGUCUUUGCUGCACAAAGAAAUUUGUCCUGAUUGGAGGGCAGCAAUAUACAGAUGGUCUUCGCAAAGUUCCAUUGACGUAAUCCGUGCAGGAACUGUCAAGGGAUUCCCCAUGCUACUACAUUACUUAGGUGCUGAAUCCCACUAUCUCAUUAAUGAAGUUCUCAUAAACAAACUCCAAGAUAACUCCAUAUUAGUACAUGAAGAAUCUGCCAAUACUGUUGGAAAGAUAGCCUGUGUGCUUUCAGGCAAGUCUGAAUUGUUGCUUCCAAAGUGUGACUCAAUAUCUCCAAAUGAAGGUUGUGACCUUCUCUGUGAUAAUAUCAGCAUUGGAGGUGACUGUGCACUGAGUGGACCAGCGGUUGGGCCAUCUAUUUUUAUUCCAUUCCUUGUACUAAUUGAAAAGACAAUGCCUGCUUCAGUAAAGUUGGCAUUCAUAAGAAAUAUUCCCUAUUUGUGCAAGUAUGUGAAUUUGGCAAAAACUGAUUCGGAUACAAAAGCCAUUAAUAGUGCAAUAUUGAACCUCAUGGAAGAUCCUGCUAAAGCUGUCAGAGUUGCAUUUAGUGAAAAAAUACAUAAUUUGUUGGAGUCCCAAGAAAUUGAGGAUCAAAGUUUACUUAAAGAGCUGCUUGUAACCAAGCUGAAAGAGGCAUAUGGAAAUGCAAAGAUUUCAGGGGACAAUGAGCUGAAAGAUACAUUAAUACUUACAACCAGGGAAAUUGGAAGAGCUGCCAAAGGAGAUCUGGUUCCGUUUGCUCUGUUACACCUAUGCCACUGUUUAUUAUCCAAGUUUACAUAUGUUGCUGGUGCUGCGUAUACAGAGAUCAGAGCACUAGCUGCAGCAAAAUGUAUGAAAUUGCAAGCCUUCUUCAGUCAGUACAAAAAGCCCAUUUGUCAGUUCCUGGUGGAGUCAUUGCAUACAAGACAUCUGGCGGCCAGUGGUAGUGUUGGGAGCCAGAGUAAAGAGUUAGGACAGUGGGAAUUAGAUCAUCAGCGACAGAUUACACUAGAUAUGUUAUCGGAAGUAGCUCAUGUAUUUGAUUUCCCAGAUCUAAAUCGCUUUCUCACGCGUACCUUACAAUCUCUGUUACCAUAUCUGGCUGCAAAGGCCAGUGCUACCUCUUCAGUAUUGAUCCGGACCAUAGCAAAGCAGCUGAAUGUGAAUCGCCGAGAAAUUCUGAUCAACAACUUUAAAUAUAUCUUUUCCCAUCUGGUUUGUUCCUGUUCAAAGGAUGAACUUGAGCGUGGUCUGCACUAUCUGCAGAAUGAAACUGAACUUGAACUGGGCAGUCUUCUCAGGCAGGAUUUCCAAGGCUUACAUAAUGAACUACUUCUGCGCAUAGGAGAGCACUAUCAGCAGGUUUUCAACGGACUGGCCAUACUGGCAGCUUCUGCUUCUAGAAGUGACCAAUGCCAAGCAUCCAGGGACAUCACUUCAGUGGAGUUAAUGGCAGAUUAUUUGCAGCCUAAAUUAUUGGGGAUUCUGGCCUUUUUUAACAUGCUUUUAUUGAGUUCUAGUGUUGGAAUGAAUGAUAAAAAGAUGGCCAUGGAUAGUUUAAUAUCAUUAAUGAAGCUGAUGGGAUCAAAACACAUCAGUUCUGUCCGGGUAAAGAUGAUGACCACACUGCGGACAGGCCUACGAUACAAGGAUGAAUUUCCCGAGUUAUGCUGCAGGGCAUGGGAUUGCUUUGUGCGCUGCCUGGAGCCCAGUUAUCUGGGCGCCCUUCUCAGUCAGGUUAUUGUGGCUCUUCUGCCUCUAAUGUCCAUUCAGCCAAAAGCAACAGCUGGAAUAUUUCACUACCUGAUUGUAGAGAACAGAACUGAAGUAAAAGAUUUUCUGCAUGAGAUAUACUUUUUGCCAGAGCACCCCGAUUUUACUGAGGUCCAGGAAGUGCUGCAAGAUUACAGAAAGGAGACAUCUAAAAGCACAGAUUUACAAACUGAACUACAGUUGUCCAUGAGAGCUGUUCAGCAUGAGAAUGUAGAUGUUCGUAUACAUGCACUGACUAGUUUGAAGGAUACUUUAUACAAGAAACAGGAGCAAUUGGUAAAACUUGCCACAGACAGUGAGACAGUCGAGCCCAUUAUCUCUCAUUUAGUGAUGGUGCUUCUGAAGGGUUGUCAAGAUGCAAAUGCACAAGCUAGACUCCUGUGUGGAGAGUGCCUCGGUGAGUUGGGAGCAAUAGACCCUGGGCGACUGGACCUCAUGACAAGUAACACAGAGGGGAAAAGCUCAACAUUUGUGGCUGGUGUGGAGGACCCCAAUUUUGCCCAUUAUUUGCUGAUAGAAUUGACAAGAGCCUUCCUUGCUUAUGCAGAUAACGUUCGAGCUCAAGACUCAGCUGCUUAUGCCAUUCAGGAACUGCUACAGAUAUACAAAUGUAAGGAAGGAAAGACUGAUUGUGCAGGACGCAGAUUGUGGAGGAGCUUUCCAGAGCAUGUGCAAGAAAUACUGGAGCCUCAUCUCAACACCAGGUAUAAAAGCUCUCAGAAGACUUGGAACUGGGUCAGCAUUAAGAAGCCAUUUUAUCUUGGUAAGCAUGACAGGAAUUUUGCGGAGUGGUCAGCGACAUGGGCUGGAUACCUAACAACAAAGGUUCGACAUGACCUAGCUGGAAAAGUCUUUGAUUGUUGCAGUUUUAUCAUGAAACAUGACUUCAAAGUGACAAUCUAUCUGCUACCUCAUAUUCUAGUGUAUGUUUUACUUGGAUGUAAUGAAGAAGAUCAGCGUGAAGUCUACUCUGAGAUGAUGGCUGUCCUAAAACACGAAGAAGCCUGGGAUAGGAGGUUGCAGGACAGUGCAUCCGAUCUGAGUCAAUUGAGUACGCAGACUGUUUUCUCUAUGUUGGAUCAUCUUGCACAGUGGUCUAGGCACACACUACAGGCUCUCAGUUCUGAGAAAAGUGGAGGCAGAUCCAGCAAGGACAGAGGUGGCCCUAAUGUUUCAAGCUCAGAGUAUAAAGAAUAUAAAAAUGUCACCUCCUUUCUGGCCUCAUACCCCAGGAAUGUGCUUGCUAUAGCUUCUUUUCGAUCCAAAGCUUAUACCCGUGCAGUGAUGCACUUUGAGUCUUUCAUUGCAGAAAAGAAAGAGAACAUUCAGCAACACCUUGGAUUUUUGCAGAAGCUCUAUGCAGCAAUGCAUGAACCAGAUGGAGUGGCUGGGGUUAGCGCAAUUCGUAAAGGAGAACCAUCUCUUAGAGAACAAAUUUUGGAACACGAGAGCAGUGGACUGUUGAGAGAUGCUACCGCGUGCUACGACCGGGCUAUUCAGUUGGAACCUGAUGAGAUUAUUCAUUAUCAUGGAUUGAUGAAAUCUAUGCUUGGGCUUGGUCAGUUGUCCACAGUCCUCACUCAGGUUAAUGGAGUGCUUGCAAGCAGGCCUGAGUGGACCACUGAACUGAACACUUACAGAGUGGAGGCAGCUUGGAAGCUGACCCAGUGGGAGUUGCUACAGAAUUAUGUAACUGCAGAGCGGAAAUCCUGUACUUGGAACGUGAGACUUGGCCAGCUUUUGCUUCUUGCUAAGCAGAGCAAUGUGGAGGGUUUUUAUGAACAGCUGCAAGUUACUCGAGCAGAACAGAUUGUGCCACUCUCUGCGGCAAGUUUUGAACGAGGGUCGUAUCAGCGUGGUUACGAGUACAUUGUCAGGUUGCAUAUGCUGUGUGAGCUGGAGCACAGUGUCAAAGAACUGUUUCACCAGCAACCCAGGGCCCACAGUGAACACCACAUGCAUCCUCUCAAUUGGCAGGCUCGUCUAGAAAUGACUCAGAAUUCCUUUCGGGCAAAGGAGCCAGUCUUGGGACUGCGCAGAGCAUUGCUCAGUGUCAAUAAAACGGCUGACUACAGCAAGUUGGUUGGAGAAUGCUGGCUACAAAGUGCCAGAGUUGCCAGAAAAGCAGGACAUCAUCAAACUGCAUACAAUGCUCUCCUUAAUGCAGGAGAAUCCAGAUUACCUGAGCUUUACGUAGAGAGAGCAAAGUGGUUGUGGUCCAAGGGGGAUGUUCAUCAAGCCUUAAUAGUUCUUCAGAAAGGUGUCGAGUUGUGUUUUGGAGAAAAAGAAACAGAAUUAAGUGACGAAAAAAGCUGUUUAAUAAAGGGACAAGCUAUGUUGUUGGUUGGACGUUUCAUGGAAGAGACAGCUAAUUUUGAAAGCAAUGCAGUUAUGAAAAAGUAUAAGGAAGUGACCAAUUUAUUACCAGACUGGGAAGAUGGGCACUUCUAUUUGGCAAAAUAUUAUGACAAAUUAAUGCCAAUGGUAACGGAUAACAAGAUAGAAAAGCAAGGAGAUUUAAUUCGCUAUAUAGUCCUUCAUUUUGGCACGUCUCUGCGGUUUGGAAAUCAAUUCAUCUACCAAUCCAUGCCUAGAAUGUUAUCGUUAUGGCUUGACUAUGGAGCAAAAGCCUACGAAUUGGAAAAGGCAUCUGGACGCACUGCUGAUCGCAUUGCCAUGAGAGCAGAACUUGAGAAAAUUAACAAAGUGAUAGAGGAUCACACUAACUACUUAGCUCCUUACCAAUUCCUGACAGCAUUUUCACAGCUGAUUUCACGAAUAUGCCAUUUCCAUGAUGAUGUGUUUGCUCGACUGAAAGGCAUUAUUGUCAAGGUUUUCUUGGCCUAUCCCCAGCAGGCUAUGUGGAUGAUGACAGCUGUGUGCAAGUCAUCUUAUGCGACACGAGUUAAUAGGUGUAAGGAAAUCCUUCAGAAGGCCAUUAAUGAUGAGAGUCGCUUAGGCAAGUUUGUAGGAGAUGCCACUCGUCUCACUGAGAAGUUGCUGGAACUGUGCAACAAAACGGUGGAUGGAAACAACACAACUUUAAGUAUGGGUGUUCAUUUCAAAUCGCUGAAACGACUGGUGGAAGAACCAGCUUUUAGUGAGAUCCUCAUUCCUUUGCAAUCUGUGAUGACUCCUACUCUACCAUCAACUCCAGGCACCCAUGCAACUCAUGACCCUUUCCCUGGUCAUUGGGCCUACAUUGCUGGCUUUGAUGACAUGGUGGAAAUCUUAGCUUCUCUUCAAAAGCCAAAGAAAAUCACCCUUAAAGGUUCUGAUGGGAAGUCCUACAUUAUGAUGUGUAAACCCAAAGAUGACCUCAGGAAGGAUUGUCGUCUUAUGGAAUUUAACUCGCUAAUUAAUAAGUGCUUACGAAAAGAUGCAGAGUCUCGCAGGCGAGAACUUCACAUCAGAACUUAUGCAGUCAUUCCUCUGAAUGAGGAAUGUGGUCUGGUUGAGUGGGUUAACAACACUGCUGGCUUAAGACACAUACUGAAUAAACUGUACAAAGAAAAAGGUGUUUACAUGCUUGGAAAAGAACUACGUCAGUGCAUGCUACCAAAGCAAGCACCUUUAGAAGAGAAACUAUCUGUAUUUAAACAGCAGCUUUUGCCACGUCACCCCGCUGUUUUUCAUGAAUGGUUCCUUGGGACUUUCCCUGAUCCAACUUCCUGGUACAGUAGUAGAUCAGCCUAUUGUCGGUCUGUUGCUGUGAUGUCAAUGGUUGGCUACAUUCUGGGUCUAGGUGAUCGCCAUGGAGAAAACAUUUUAUUUGAUUCUUUAACAGGCGAAUGUGUUCAUGUCGACUUCAACUGUCUUUUCAAUAAGGGGGAAACUUUCGAUGUUCCAGAAGUUGUCCCUUUCCGCCUAACCCACAAUAUGGUCCAUGCCAUGGGCCCUAUGGGAACAGAAGGUUUGUUCCGUCGAGCCUGUGAAGUAACAUUGAGAUUAAUGCGUGAUCAGCGAGAACCUUUAAUGAGUGUGUUGAAAACUUUUCUGCAUGAUCCAUUAGUGGAGUGGAGCAAACCAGUCAAAGGAAGUACAAGAGUGCAACCCAAUGAAACCGGGGAAGUAAUCAAUGAAAAGGCCAAGACCCAUGUACAAGACAUCGAAAAGAGGCUACAUGGUGUGAUUAAAACAAGAAAUAAAGUGAAGGGGUUGCCUUUAUCCAUUGAAGGUCACGUCCACUACCUUAUUCAAGAAGCAACAAAUGAGAAACUUCUGUGCCAGAUGUACCUGGGUUGGGCUCCAUACAUGUGAAAACAUUGAUUGUUUUUGAAAGUUUAUUUCAGUCAAAGAAAAACAUAUUCCAAUCAAAGAGACUAUAUCAAGAAGAGGAAAAGGAGCUGUAAUUUUGCCACAACCGAAAACAGGAUAAAGAGUAAACGUGGAACUUCAUUUCAGAUCAAGUGCACUGAAGAACUUGCAAAAGCAAAUGUUGAGAUUAAAUUAUCUUACAAAGGCUUUAAAGCUAUGUCAGUUGAGGAGGGAGGAUUUAACAAAGAAGAAUUUGGAUUACAGAAAUCUGACGCAAGAAUAUGGAAAUUAAGACUGUUGGUUUCCAAAAUAUGACUUGAGAUGCCUUUGCAUAAAACACAAACAAGUUGAAAAUGUUGGCAAUCUCACAAAUGACACAGCAAAAAUGAAAGAAAUUCCUUGUGAUCUGUAGAAGACCAAAGAACUUUACUUAUCUCUGACAUUAUGGCUCACUGUACGUUAUCAACUGGUACCAUAUUGAUGAAUUUGUAUUAUACAUUGAAUUAAUGAUUUUGGGAAUAAAAUACUUAAGUUAGUAGCCAGAUAAUUUAUUGGGGUCAAUAUGAUUUUGCCUGUUAAGCUAACAUUAAUUUGCUUGUUUAAGAUUGAACAGAAUGUAUUUUCAUAACUGUUAAAGUUGUGUGGAAUUCUGAGGUGCAGGGUGGUCUCAUUUCAACCAUACAACCUUAUCUGAUCCUGUACAUGAGUGGAGAGCAAGUAAAAUCCAACCUCCACACAAAUUUGUGAAAAACCAUUCCUUGGAGUUAAUAGAUUGUGGUUGAUGAAUAAAGUUUGGCAAAUUGAGAUAAUCUGUUAUUUUGAGUCUCAUUGGCUU